GUUCAUUAGUCUGGUUCAGAAUAGCUAAAAAUCACGUGACAUGUAUCUAUGUACAAAAUGGCGGACAUCACCGAAUUAAAUAAAUUAUUACACAAUCUUAAUGAUAAUGACUUUUUGAAAGAUAUACGUGCUGUAAGAAUUAGUGUUUAUAAGAUUCUUUCAUUAGCCAACGAUGGGUGUGAUGUAACUGCAGCUUUACCAACUGUGGUAAAACUCCUGGCGCUAGGAGAUUCCUUUGUUAAACGUGUGGCUGGUGAAAUAAUUACAUUGUUUGCUGAGAAAAACCCAGAAAUGGUUAUGCUAGCUACAAACACUUUGUUGCAAGAUUCAAAGGAUAUCAACCCCGUCAUCAGAAGUCUGGGGUUGCGAAUAUUGAGUUCACUGCAUUCAGAAUCAUCAAUAGAAAUGCUGACUAAUGCUGUAAUGCAAGGGCUAGAAGAUGGCAGUCCACAUGUUCGGAGACAAGCAGCAUUAACAUCAGUGUUCUUGUAUCAAAUGGCUCCUAAUGUUGUCAUGGAAGGAGGCAUAUGGGAUUCACUGUAUGGACAUUUAAGUGAUUCUGACUCUCCAACUGUUGCCUGCUGUUUAUGUGCCCUAGAAGAAAUCUUUGCAAGUGAGAAGGGCAUUGUUGUCUCUAAUAAAUUAGGUCAUUAUUUAAUAGGCAAAAUGUAUUCAUUUUCUCCUUGUGUUCAAAGAUAUGUUUUACAGUUUCUUUUAAAAUACUCCCCUAAAUCAAAAGUUCAAGUAUUUGAACAUUUAAAUGACCUAGAUAACAGUCUUACCAAUGGUACAUGUUUGCCUAUUAAUCUGUGCACAUUAGAACUCUUUUGCCACUUCACUUCCUCCCUACCAAAAGUGAAACUGAAAGCAUAUUUAAGUGGCUGGAAAACUAUCAAGCUACAUUUCACUAGGGAGAGAAAUGAAGAAAUGGUCACUGCCAUUAUUGAUUAUCUGUGCCAGACUAACUUUCCAAUCGAUGUCAUUACGAAAGACUUCAACAAAUUCUUUUGCAGGGAUGAUGAUGCUCAAUACUUAAUGGAGCAGAAAAUAAGAAUAUUGUGCAGGCUCAUCUCUGCAGAGAAUUCAGAACACAUACUUGAGGAGUUUUUUAUAAUUGCUAAGCGUCUUGAAAAGGAAGCUUUAAAGAAAAUGAUUUUGCGUUUGACGGAGACUGUUUCACUGAAGCCAGAAUUAGAGAGGCAUUAUGUUUUAUUUUUGAAAAGGCUGAUGCAGCUUGGUACUUCAGGAGUCAUAGAUUGUCUAGUACAGGUCCUGGUAAAAGUGAAGUUCUGCAGUCAAGAAAAUUGGUUGAUUGUAGCACCAAGUCUACAAGACCAUUAUCAAGAAAUUCACAGUACACUGGGCAAGAUAGCAUUAUUAGAAGUAAUACGGUCACAAGGAGAGCACCUUCCAGAUGCACCUUGUAUCUUAGAACAAAUAAUGGAUGAACUUGAUUUGGACACAAAAGAUAGUCAUUUUAGCCAUUCUCUUGACCAGGACCUGGUCAAACAGCAGCAUAAGCAGUUGAUUAAAGUCAGCCUUCUUGGUGCCAUGGUAAAAAUGUGCUUGCACAAUGCAUCCAAGAUUCAGCCACUUCUGUCAAGGUUAAUGGACAUCUGUAUGUGUGACAAAGACAGAAAUGUUCAAGACAGAGCUCUAUUCCUCUAUGGUUCACUCUGUAGUCAAGUUAUGACAUUAACAGGAACCCAGAUUACAUGAAGCUUGAUCAUUAUCAUAUCACUUUAUCACUUUACUGUUACUUGGCAAAAACUUGUUAUUUCAUAAAGCCUGUCAUAUUGGACAGUGCAAUUUAAUUUUAUUAUGUUGGAAAUGACAGAACAUUUUAUAUCAUCUAAGUAUUUGUAAUUCCUUUAAUGUUAGGAUAUAUUAUUCUACUGUGAAGGAUUAUUCAUUGUAAAUGUAAUAUUAUUAUAGUUCAUUGUUUCAACUGUCAUUUUGUGCAUGUUGAUUCUACAAAUUUAAUGUAUUAUAGUCAUAAUUGUCUUUAUUUAUAUGUAAUUAUAAAUGCUUUGAGCUGUACUUUGUUUUACAAAUGUUACACCUUACACCAGUUAAGUGUUGAUGAAAUGAAACAGGAGGAAAGGAAAGAUAAGUUGGACUUGACCUUUGAAAUAAUUUCCAGCACACACAAAAUUCUAUUGUUCACACUUAGAGAAUGAAAUUAUUUAUUACACUUUUCAGAUGUUGUCAUUGAAGGGGGAACAACCCUAGUUCAGGGAAAAAAGGUAGCUUUAGCAAAGCAAUUGAUUUUUAAACAUAGGAGAUUUCCAAAAGUAAACUACUCAGGAGAGCACUUACUAUUAUAUUUUAAAGUAAAAUUAGUAGUACCUUGAUGUACCAGUACUGAAAUAAGUUAUACCCAUAAUUUUCAAACUUAUAAAAGUCUUCAAGCAACCUACAGUUUUCCUAGGUGAGCAUAAAGUUUAGAUAGUAAUUCUAUACAAAGAAAAGUGCUGUUGUGUUUUUUGUAUUACCAAAAACAUGUUUAUUACAGUUGUCAUUUGAAAUGGUUCUAUAAUAUAAAGUGCAAAGCCCUCAAUCCCUGGAUGACGUAAGUGGUCAUCAUUGAACAACGAUGGACAAACUAUAUAUAUAUAUUUAUAUAUACAGUGUUUGUAAUUUGUAAAAAAAAAACAGGUGCCGGUACUCAAUGAUGUAUUGCCUUUUAACUACUAAUAAAUAAUAUUUUUUUCCCCACAUUGAAAAAGGUGCCAGUUCGGUUAUAUAUAUAUAAGGGAGGGAAACACUGAGAGCCAAUUAUUGAAAAAAUACUAAAGUCAGGUAAUCUUUUAUUCAAUUGUACUAAAAUUAAAGAACAAUUGAUAAUAAAAGUUAUGGUAAAAAUGUUUUUGUUCAUUUCAUUCUUUUAAACAAAAAUUUUUUUUAUUUAUACACGAACUUCAAAUAGUUAUUAGUUAAUUCUGUUUCUUCAAAACUUGGACUAGAUAAUAUCAUUGACAGUCACAGGUUACUGAGAUAAUACAAGUCCCUGUUCAUUGUUCUAUAUUGUAUACAGCACAAAGUUCACAAUCAAUUAUUUGAGAAUCAGAAUGUUAGACAAGUUAUUUAAGAAACAAACAGUUAGUGCUCAGAUAUCUGGAAAUGCUGGUAAAAUAAUAUAAAUAUAAAUCUGCAGGUUGGACAUUGCCUCUGAAAUGUUAAUAAAUGGGAAAAGAGAUUCUUAUUCUAGUUAGUCAAAUGUGGUCCUACUGAAACUAUUACAUUACUUAUUAUUGGGUCCUACUGAAACUAUUACAUUACUUAUUAUUAUCUAUAAUAUUAAAUAUUGUAAUUUAAAGAUACUACAUUAUCCAUAUAAUAUUAAAUAUUGUAAUUUAAAGAUACUACAUUAUCCAUAUUGCGAACUGAAAGAUACUACAUUAUUUAUAUUGCAAACUGAGUUCAAUUUAUGUUUGAGUUAUCUUUUCAUCACCCAUGUUCAAGAGCAUUUUUCAACUAAUACAAACUUGCAUUGCACUAAAGUGGGAAUGAAAAAUCUUAACAUUUCUCGCCACUACUGUGAUAAAUUCAAUCAGUGUCAUAAUGUAAUAUAAAUAUAUAUUGAUUAUUUAAAUUUAUGUUGCUCAUUCUAUACAUAAAUGUAUAAUAUUACAAAAAUAUAAUGGAAUUAUAUUCAUUUUCGCUGAAGUAUAAAAGAUUGGAAAAUGGUCUAUUCCUCAUCCUUCAUUUUCAGUAAUGAAUAUUACGGUUCUAUUGUAA